AAUGGAGCUGAGAAGCGCUCUAUAAAAGAAGUGCCCAUUCUUACUUCUAAGUACAGAGAAACGGAGUUCUCUUUUAGCAAGAGAAAAAGCUUUGUAUAAUUGAACCUCACCUGCAAACUUCUUCGAUCUCCCUGCAAGACGGCUCAUUUGGCUCAUAACGGAAGGUAAUAAAAAGGACUAAUUCUGCGUGUAAUGUAUUUACAUUUAACUUAAGAACAAGUAAACAGAUGUUGGAAUAGCAGGUGUCUUUUUGUUGUGAAUGAAGUGUCGAAAUGACAUUUAUUAACUAUUUUUCACAUAAUAUUAGUACUGUUUUACAAAAUAACAAGCUCCAAAACGCAUUAUAUAAUGUUAUCUUGUACCGUUUAUUAUUGAGUCUUCUUUUUAGUGUAAUCUAAUCGAAAAAAAUUGGCACUUUUACGUACGUGUAGGCAAUAUAACAGUUAAGGGCUUUAAAAAAUAUAUAUAUACAGACUUUAUGUAGCCUAUGUUUACGCGACUGGUAGAGUAGGGUGGCUUGCAAAGAGCGUGAAAGGUGUGAGUGCGCCAUGCGUAAAGUACAUCGGACUGUAUGCGUAAAGCAAUGCAGUCAGCAUGGGCACACUCUUGCGUAAUUCCCCCCAAUGCAAUUUUCGAACAAUGUUUUCAAGCAAUGUUUAUUACUCAGCUGGAGUAUCUUUCUUGCUCACUAUUAAUCACUAAAACAUGUACCUCUCCUUCUUACAGAUUGUGCAGAAGCCACUAAAAAAAAAAACAAUAUGGUUCUCAUGAUACUACCCAUUAUUGGCUCAGUCUCUGUGUCUGAGGGGCUGGUGGCCAUGGUAACACUAUGCCUGGUGUACAUGUUCAUGAAGUACAUGCACACAGAGAUCCCAGAGGGACUGAAACGGCUCCCAGGACCAAGGCCCCUGCCCAUCAUCGGGAAUGUGCUGGAGGUGCAGAACAACCCUCACCUCAGCCUGACUGCCAUGAGCGAGCGCUACGGCUCAGUCUACCAGAUCCAGAUAGGGAUGCGGCCAGUGGUUGUUCUGAGUGGCAGCGAGACAGUCCGCCAGGCUCUUAUCAAGCAAGGGGAAGACUUCGCCGGGAGGCCCGAUCUAUACAGCUUCAAGUACAUCAACGACGGCAAGAGCCUGGCCUUCAGCACCGACAAGUCUGGAGUGUGGCGCGCCCGCCGCAAGCUAGCUAUGAGUGCCCUCCGCUCUUUCGCCACCCUGGAGGGAUCGACCCCUGAGUACUCCUGUGCCCUGGAGGAGCACGUCUGCAAGGAGGGAGAGUACCUAGUAAAACAGCUGACCUCCGUCAUGGAUGUCAGUGGCAGCUUUGACCCCUUCCGCCAUAUUGUCGUAUCGGUGGCCAACGUCAUCUGUGGAAUGUGCUUCGGCCGGCGCUACAGUCAUGAUGACCAGGAGCUGUUGGGCUUGGUGAACAUGAGUGAUGAGUUUGGAAAGGUGGUGGGCAGCGGCAACCCUGCAGACUUCAUUCCCUUCCUUCGUUACCUACCCAACCGCACCAUGAAGAGGUUUAUGGAUAUCAAUGACCGUUUCAAUACCUUUGUGCAGAAGAUUGUCAGCGAGCACUAUGAAACCUAUGACAAGGUAAAUAAUACAUUGCAUCAUGUUUCAAAGAUGUUACAUGUUUCAUUCCAUGUUUGAUCUAUUGCUGUUUGUUGUCUGUGAUACUGAUUGUCCAUUGUUCUGUUUUCAGGACAACAUCCGUGACAUCACUGACUCCCUCAUUGACCACUGUGAAGGACAGGAAACUAGAUGAGAACGCCAACGUCCAGGUGUCUGAUGAGAAAAUUGUGGGCAUUGUCAAUGAUCUGUUUGGGGCAGGUGAGUUGAGUUAAAAUAACGCAACAGUUAUGCUGAGUCACUCCAUAUCAUUGAAAAAAAAUUCCCAUUUGGAGGACGUUUUAAUUAUACAAUGCGGCUUCUGUCUCCCUCUCAAGGUUUCGACACCAUCAGCACAGCUCUGUCAUGGGCUGUUGUGUACCUUGUGGCUUACCCAGAGAUCCAGGAAAGACUGCAUCAGGAACUGAGUAAGUUGAAACUUGCUGGUUUUAACAGAUAGUUCUGAUCCCUAAAUGAAAUGAAUCAUCCACAGAGAGAUCCUAUAAAUCAGUUCUAUAUGUAAUUCUAAGGAGUCAUGAUUCCAAAUAUUGUGGCUUACUGACCUGUCACUACCUGUCCCAUUCAUCAUUGAUAACCAAUGUUCUCUAUUGUCCUCCCAACAGAGAAAAAGGUGGGAAUGAAUCGCACUCCCCGUCUCUCAGACAAAACCAACUUACCUCUGCUGGAAGCUUUCAUCCUGGAGAUCUUCCGGCACUCUUCCUUCAUGCCGUUCACCAUCCCACACUGGUGAGUUGCACUUGCACCUGCUCAAAACACACAUUUACAAUAUCAGCCAAACAGACAUUUACAAUAUCAGUUACACAUUAUAGACACAUAUGGCAUGGUCUGACUCUGGUAUUGUCAAUAUUUUUUCAGUACGGUCAAGGAUACAUCCCUCAAUGGCUACUUCAUUCCCAAGGACACCUGUGUCUUCAUCAACCAGUGGCAGGUCAACCAUGACCCGUGAGUAGGAUUUUUAAACUAAAACUGCUCAACUCCAUUACUAUGCAACUACUAAACUACUUGUUACUGUAGUAAUUACAGUGUUACUACACAGGUAUAACAAGAACUUAAUGUAAAUUGUUACCUCUGUGCUCUUCAGGGAGCUGUGGAAGGAGCCUUCUUCAUUCAACCCUGACCGUUUCCUGAGUGCUGAUGGCACAGAACUCAACAAGCUGGAGGGGGAAAAGGUGCUCACAUUCGGCAUGGGCAAGCGCCGCUGCAUCGGUGAGGCCAUCGGACGUAAUGAGGUCUACCUCUUCUUGGCCAUCCUGCUCCAAAGGCUGCGCUUCCAGGAGAAACCCGGACACCCACUGGACAUGACCCCAGAGUACGGCCUCACCAUGAAGCACAAGCGCUGUCAGCUGAAGGCUAGCCUGCGGGCAUGGGGGCAGGAGGAG